AUGUCUGAGAACGAGACGGGAGUCUUCUUAGUGAGGAAUAGCACCACAAUUGUCGGCGAUCUGGUCCUGUGUGUGAGGUCUAGUGAAAUGCUCCACUCAUUUGUUGAUGACAUGCAUUCAUUCAUUUGCUUACUUCCCAACAGAGAGGAUAAUAAAGUGAGUCAUUAUAUCAUCAAUAAGAUCCAGCCGUCGGCAGAUCAGACCCGGUUUAGAAUCGGGGAUCAGAUGUUUCCGGACGUUCCGGCGCUCCUCAACUUCUAUAAACUUCAUUAUUUGGACACAACUCCACUCAUUAGACCCGCGUCCAAACGGGUGGAGAAAGUGAGGGCUCGCUAUGACUUCGAAGGAAGCGGUGAUUCCGAUGACCUGCCCUUCAGGAAGAAUGAAGUGCUGACAGUGAUAUCGAAAGACGAGGAUCAGUGGUGGACCGCACGUAAUAGUUUAGGACAA